AUGAUGAAUGACAAUUCAAAACGAAUAUCAGUCGUAUUUUUACUCAUAAGAGAGAGACAUUCAGCUGUAACACCCUUUCGGUGCCUAGCUGUCAUGUCACCUGAAUGGAGCACCAGGACUGGGAUACACCCGGGUCGCCCAAGCCUAAACAGGGCAAGCGGAGAGGCAGAGGCCGGGUUUCAGUCAUGCACCUUCGGUUCACCAGCUUAUGCUUUGGUGGCUGCAAGGACUUGCGACAUCAUCAUCAUCAUCAUCAUCGACAGCAUGACAUCAGUGUUCAACACCGAUGCUUCACUGCCGUACAACCAUGACUUAUUUGAAAGCCUUAUUGUAAAGAAAAGAAUAAAGCAAGUAAGGCGACCCGGCUGA